GCACAUGGAUUCUUUAGCGAGAAUGGCAUAAGAAGUAAGUUCCAGGCGAGGAAGGUACUUUCUACAGGUACUCGUUCUUCAAGCUAUCCCGCGCAUCAAAGCCUCUUUCUUAUGUCAGGACUGACCGCUACUACUACUUCCACUACUAUAGAUCCUUUCUCUUCCCUUAGGAUUCUUUCAUUCGCCGACUAG